ACCUCAAUAGCUGUGAAGUGUGAGCUGGGUAAUGACAACUGUAUAAAUAUCUUUGUUACUAAUUUAUUGACUAUUGUUGUCACUUUGUAAAACGUAAUACAUACACGAAUUAUGUUAAAAAAUUGUAACAUAAAUAAACAUUGUUUAGUGAGUUUAUAAAAUUAAGUGAGAUUCAAACUGUAAUAGAACAAAGUAUCGAGGUCUACAAGUUUGUUUUGUUAAUAUAUGUUUAGGAUUUAGUAUGCAAGAAGAUGGAAAGUUACCCUUGAAGAGGGUUGAACUAUCACUAACAAAGUUUAACGAUGUUGCUAUACCUCAUCACUUAGACCUGCUGCGCCAGCAUAAGGCCAACAUAUUAAAGUACGAGGAGCUGGGGCAGUAUGCACGCGUGCGCUCGGAGCAGACGCACGCGCGGCGUGUGGCGUCGCAGCUGCGGUCGUUGCUCGGAGAGCUGGAGGCGUUGCGACGUGGCGUGCGGCCGCCAGACCGCGCGCGCUUCGACGCGCUCACGCAGGGCUCGCGGGAACGUACGCUGGCGGCCAUCAUGGACUACCUCGGUGUGAUAGAGCGCAGUUGCAUAGCGCUCGUGGACUCGAGCAGGCCGUCUACGCACCCGCGUCCUCUCCGUACUGACACAAGCCCGCUGUCCAUCAACCGCGCGCCCUCUACCGACCAGAUCGCAGCCAGUGUGCGCUCGACGGACUCCGUGGGCAUUGUGCCCGACACAGUGCAGCUGCAGGUGGACCUGCAGGAGAUAUCGAUCCGGGAGCGCGAGGAGGUCUUGGCCGGAUGGAGCGCGCUGCAGAGUGAGGUGCGCGCCUUGCACGACGCCUGGCAGCACGUGCAGGCAGCAGCGCUGGCGCAGCGCGACCAGGUGACUCGCACGUCGGAGGGCGUGGAGCUUGCCGCCGAGAACGUUCAAGUGGCUCGCUCGCACCUGGCCGCCGCCGAGAGGUUGCGAGCGGGCGCUUACGGCGUGUGCGGAGCGGUAGCGGGGGCAAUGGUGGGUGGGCCGUUGGGCGCCGUGCUCGGGGCCAAAGUAGGUGCCGCCGCACUUGUGGCCGGCUCAGCACUCGGCUACUUCGCCGCUCGCUCGAUACGGCGCCGCACGCACGCUGACCUGCCGACGGAUCCGCCGACAGACACGCCCACUGAACUCAAGAAGGAACUCUAGCGACCGGUCCGCGUUCGAGUGCGACGCGGACGCCAUUAUUUAAAGUUAUUAUGAUUCCGACAUCAGAGAGUCCGGGACUAUGUUACACGGGACUUAUGGACCCGCAUGUAAAUGUUAUAUUAGUAGAUAAUAUUUUUAUAUUGCUCUGUUUUUUCGCUUUAAAAGCGCCGUAUGCUUUUGAAGCGGUGUUUGUGAUGUAACAUUGAUCCUUAGAUUAUAAAUAAAUUAGAACCCAGUUCGCACACACGCCACUCGAAUGUGGUAUAUAUACCGGCCCACUUUCGGUCCGUUCCUCGACGGUCCCCGGUUCUGCCUCCACUUGGUAUCGCGUGGCUCUCCUGUUUCAUGUUUGAAAUAUAUACAAAUAUGUACGCGACGUCACUGGUACUUGCGGUACGGAAUCCGUGUAAUAUUUGUCAACAUUCUAAUAUAAUGAAUCUGAAUAAAGUUUAUUUGACUUUGAAAAAGUAUUGGCUAGUGGUUCGGGAAUUUUCCUGUGUGGGGACAGGGCGCGGGUGUCGGGCCGCUGUCCUGCUCCGCUCUUGGUCGUCGCCCCGUUGUAAUUGGGAGUCCCUGUCGUAUAUAAAAUAUUUUGACCUCUGUUCGAUGGGGUGGUUCUUGGUAAUAGUUGGACCAGAAAGGGAGGCUGUGUCGUUGGUAGUGCGUCAUAUACUCUGUACAGCUAUGGUCGUUGUUAAUGUCAUUGACAUCCUAUUUCGGAUGUCGAUGUUGGCCCACGAAUGCUAAGUUCUAAGUACCUAUAUUAAGGUACAUUCACUGACCUCUACUAUAUACCACUGGGCUGGCGGCUCUCAAAGUGUUUUUGUGCCUGAUUGAUAUUCGCCAUUUUGACGCUGUUGGCCAUGUAGCGACAGAAAUAAAACCAGUAUUGACAACCUUAGCUAAACAAACAUAAAUAAGAAAACUAUUUACAACGAAAACUUGUGUACUUUAUUACGUUGAUUCUUGAAGUAUAAAUUGCACGGAAAACUACUAAAAUUAAUUCAAAAUGCAAAAAUACUUCAGAGUAUUGUUCGCUUCUCUCGCAGACAUUUAUAUUUUAGUCAAAAUACGUCAAAAUUAGUUCUCUGAACGCUCGCGAGUGGCGCUUCGAAUAGGUACAAAAAUUGCUGUCAAACAUUAUGGAACAGCUUGUCCAGUGGUAUUUACAGGUCAAUGGGUACAUUUGUCAGUACUUUAGAUUUUUUAAUUUAAUAGAUAUCGGUUGUACCAUCACUGUACUGUGAAAUGUACUGAAUCUCAUUAUUAUUUAUGAUCCAUUAUUAUUAUUUCAAUAAUUAAAUUAGUUUUCCUACACAAAACACUCACUUUGUACAUGUUGAGUUUGCAUAAUACCAGGCGUAAAGUCGAAAAUUUCAAGGUACCUACGCAUACAACAUAAUGUUACAAAUUCAACAAACAAAUUAAUAAAAUUUUCCGAUUGUUUGAUUUCCUUUGAUUUGAUGUCCUUACAAAUUAAUACUUUUUUCCUUACUUGCAAUAGUAACGAACUUUUUUAUAUUUCAUUUUAAUAAAUUCCGUACAAUAUUAAGUAAUUAUUAUAUGCUAGAAUGUUAGAAAAUGAGCUUAACAGUAUAAUAAUGAAUAUUAAUCUACGUGUGCUAAGUUCCUAACGCUACGCAGGACGACGGCGGGGUGGGGAACGCGGAGAGGGAGUAUGGUCGCUUCUCGACUCAAGUCCCAACUUAGCUUGACCGGCUUGUCCCUUAUAUUGUUAUCUAAUUAAGUGCUCUAGUCAUUUAAAGUGGCAACACUAACUUGUAGGUAUGUGUAAUAUAUAUUUAUUUAUAAAUAAAACAAAUUGCCUUUGUAUAUAUUUUGGUAUAAAUAAAGAUUAUAGAAUAAUAA